CCCCUUUCCGGCGCGCGGGCAGGCGGUUCCGGCGCAGCCAUUGGCGGUGUGUGAGGCCUGGCGGGGAUGUUAAUGGUGGAAGCUGCUCCCGCCGCUGAGCAGCAGUGACCCAGCCCCCCCCGCCCGCCCGCCGCGCUACCAUGUCCGUGGUGCCGCCCAACCGCUCGCAGACCGGCUGGCCCCGCGGGGUGAACCAGUUCGGGAACAAAUACAUCCAGCAGACCAAGCCGCUCACGCUGGAGCGGACCAUCAACCUGUAUCCACUUACAAAUUAUACAUUUGGCACAAAGGAACCCCUUUAUGAGAAGGACAGUUCAGUGGCAGCCCGGUUUCAGCGCAUGAGGGAAGAAUUUGACAAGAUUGGAAUGAGGCGGACUGUAGAGGGUGUUCUGAUUGUACACGAGCAUAGGCUGCCCCAUGUGUUACUAUUGCAGCUAGGUACAACGUUCUUCAAACUACCAGGUGGUGAACUCAAUCCAGGAGAAGAUGAGGUAGAAGGUCUCAAACGUUUAAUGACAGAGAUACUGGGACGUCAGGAUGGAGUUCAGCAAGACUGGGUGAUUGAUGACUGCAUUGGUAACUGGUGGAGACCAAACUUUGAACCUCCACAGUAUCCCUAUAUUCCAGCUCAUAUUACAAAACCUAAAGAGCACAAAAAGCUCUUCUUGGUUCAGCUGCAGGAAAAGGCUUUGUUUGCGGUCCCAAAAAAUUACAAGCUGGUAGCUGCACCGUUGUUUGAGCUCUAUGACAAUGCCCCAGGAUAUGGACCUAUCAUUUCCAGCCUUCCUCAGCUUUUGAGCAGAUUCAAUUUUAUUUACAACUGAAUUCCCAUAUACUUGAAGAGUGUGAUAGAAGAAGCCGUCUCUGUGAGCACAGCUUUAAGAUGUAGAGGGAAGAAUACAUGUGACGCAAGAAUUUUUUUUUAUGUCUCUUUUUUUUUUCCUGAAAACCGCUAAACUUUCUAUUGUCUGAAUAGCAAAGUGAAUCUCAACUGUUUAGAUAGUGGGAUGGCGAAUGUGAUUCAGUGUUUUAAUCACUUUUCAUUGUAAUAGUCACCAGUUUUUUUUGUACAACAUUAAACAAACUAAAUUGG